ACAGCUGUCACUGUGGCAGGCGGCCUGUCUGUGUUCGCUCCGACUCAUCCGCUUCAUCGGCCGGUUAAUUCUCCUUUCAAACCGCAUUAAAGAAACACGCACCGCACAUAGAAUCACAUUAAACUGCUUUUCCCCAGCGUGCUGCAAUGGCCGACCCGAAGUAUGCAAACCUGCCGGGCAUCGCCUCCAACGAGCCUGACGUCUAUGAGACGAGUGAUCUGCCCGAGGAUGAUCAGGCGCAGUUCGAGUCGGAGGAGCUGUGCAGCGACAGCGUGGAGCGGAUCGUCGUCAAUCCCAACGCCGCCUACGACAAGUUCAAAGACAAACACGUCAGCACCAAGGGUUUGGAUUUCUCGGACCGCAUCAGUAAGAGUCGCAGGGUGGGCUACGAGUCUGGAGAGUUUGAGCUCUUAGCUGAAGGCUGUGGCGUGAAGGAAACUCCUCAGCAGAAAUAUCAGCGACUGGUUAAUGAGAUUCACGAGCUCUGCCAGGACGUGGAACGUAUUCAGGCCACGACUAAAGAGAGCAGCGCUGAGGAGCGUUUGACUCCGGUGGCUUUGGCGCAGCAGGCGGCGCAGCUCAAACAGCAGCUGGUUUCGGCUCAUCUGGACUCUCUGCUCGGACCCAACGCUCACAUCAACCUCACCGACCCUGACGGAGCGCUCGCCAAGCGGUUGUUGACUCAGCUGGAGGUUGCGCGGGGCGUGAGGAGCGGCGCGGGCGGAGAAGGCAAGACGGCGGCACCCAAAGGACCGGAUGGAGUGAUUCUGUAUGAGCUCCACAGCCGACCAGAACAAGAGAAGUUCACUGAAUCUGCUAAAGUCGCUGAGCUGGAGAGACGACUGGCUGAACUGGAGAUGGCGGUGGGAUCAGGCUCAGAGAAACAGGGUCCGCUCAGCGCUGGAGUUCACGGAUCCAGUCUGACGGACACUAUAGAGCUGUUGCAGGCGCGGGUCAGUGCCUUAGACGCCGCCACACUGGACCAGGUGGAAGCCAGACUACAGAGUGUUCUGGGGAAGAUGAAUGAAAUCGCCAAGCACAAGGCGGCCAUUGAGGACGCUGAGACCCAGAAUAAGGUGUCUCAGCUGUAUGAUGUGGUUCAGAAGUGGGAUUCGAUGGCCACGUCUCUCCCGCAGGUGGUGCAGAGACUGCUGGCCGUCAAAGAGCUGCACGAGCAGGCGAUGCAGUUUGGGCAGCUGUUGACCCAUCUGGACACGACACAGCAGAUGAUCAACAACUCUCUGAAGGACAACGGCACUCUGCUCACACAGGUCCAGCAAACCAUGAAGGAGAACCUGCUGGCUGUGGAGGAGAACUUCGCCGCGCUGGACCAGAGGAUGAAGAAGCUCUCCAAAUAAAGCUGGUUCAUCUGGCGUGAGGAGAGAGUGAAGGAAGAGGGAGUCCAUUAGAAUCCAGCUCCGUUUCUCAUGCCGCCCUUUUGUUUUUCUGCAGAGUGUCGAGACCAAACGUUCCCACACUACAGAACCUCCUAAAGCUUCUCGGCUCCUCCCGACGGCGCCUUCGGCUGCCGUCCCUCAAACCUCCACGUCUGAAACUGCCUGUUUGAGUUCUGUAGCGGCUAAAGAUUUUAGGCACUUUCCAUCGUGAUCCACAUGGACUUUGUUUUGAAGGCGAGGAGACGCUGUGUGUGUAAAUACAGGCUUAUCUGUACUUUAACUCGUUCUCACGAGCGAUCGCUUAUAACCGUUAUUGUAUUAUUAAUGUGUGGCGCAGAGACCACAAAUGAUGAUCAUUUUCCAAUGUAGAAUUUCAAAUGCAUCUCUGGAUAAUAAAAUGCUUCCAGAAAUCUUU